AGUUAGUUGAGGUGUCGGUUUGCCAACAGUUGCGUGCAGCUCGAGCCAAAUAGUUUACUAUACAGAAAAAAACAUUAAAGAAUUAAAUUCUUUUUUGUUUUAAUUAAAAAACUAAUAAACCAACUCAAAAGUUUUACUUUGUGUUGGGGAAUUGUUUAGUGUGUGAUUUGUGUGUGCAUACAACAACAACAGUAAAAGUACAAAAUGUACCAUUUGAAAAGUUUAGCUCGUCAGGCUGCCGUCCGCCAGGAUGUUGCCACUUUGGUUAAGGCUAUGCCCACCGCUGCUUUGCAAGCACGUGGCUAUGCUGAAUACCAAAUUCCCGAACGCCUAAAGGAUGUACCCACUGCCAAAGAUCCCCGUUUCUUCGACAUGGUAGAGUACUUCUUCCAUCGUGGUUGUCAAAUCGCCGAAGACCGUUUGUUGGACGACAUGAAAGGCAAAUUGUCCAUGGAAGACAAGAAAAAGAAGGUUAAGGGUAUUUUGAUGCUUAUGCAACCUUGUGACCAUAUCAUUGAAAUUGCCUUCCCAUUGCGUCGUGAUUCCGGUGAUUUUGAAUUGAUUACCGGUUACCGUGCCCAGCACUCUACCCAUCGUGUGCCAACCAAGGGUGGUAUCCGUUUCUCUAUGGAUGUAUCUCGUGAUGAAGUUAAAGCCUUGUCCGCUUUGAUGACAUUCAAGUGUGCCUGUGUUGAUGUACCAUUCGGUGGUGCUAAGGCCGGUUUAAAGAUCAACCCCAAGGAAUACUCUGAACAUGAAUUGGAAAAGAUCACUCGUCGUUUCACUCUAGAAUUGGCCAAGAAGGGCUUCAUUGGACCCGGUGUUGAUGUACCUGCCCCUGAUAUGGGUACUGGUGAACGUGAAAUGUCCUGGAUUGCCGAUACUUAUGCCAAGACCAUCGGUCACUUGGAUAUCAAUGCUCACGCUUGUGUUACUGGCAAACCCAUUAACCAAGGUGGUAUUCACGGUCGUGUUUCCGCUACCGGUCGUGGUGUUUUCCACGGUUUGGAAAACUUCAUCAAUGAAGCCAACUACAUGAGCAUGAUUGGCACCACUCCCGGCUGGGGUGGCAAGACUUUCAUCGUUCAAGGUUUCGGUAAUGUCGGUCUUCACUCUACCCGCUACUUGACCCGUGCUGGUGCCACCUGUAUUGGUGUCAUUGAACACGACGGUUCCAUCUUCAACCCAGAGGGUAUUGAUCCUAAGGCUUUGGAAGAUUACAAGAACGAACAUGGUACCAUUGUUGGUUACCCACAUGCCAAACCCUAUGAAGGUGAAAACUUGAUGUUCGAACCUUGUGAUAUCUUCAUCCCUGCUGCUGUUGAAAAGGUUAUCAACAGUGAAAAUGCCCACAAAAUCAAUGCUAAGAUCAUUGCCGAAGCUGCCAACGGUCCAACCACUCCCGCUGCUGAUAAAAUCUUGAUCGAUCGUAACAUCUUGGUUAUUCCCGAUUUGUACAUUAACGCUGGUGGUGUAACCGUUUCCUUCUUCGAAUGGUUGAAGAACUUGAACCAUGUAUCUUAUGGUCGUCUUACCUUCAAAUAUGAACGUGAAUCCAACUACCAUUUGUUGGCCUCAGUACAACAGUCUAUUGAAAGAUUUGUUUUGGACGAAUCUGUCCAAGAAUCUUUGGAACGUCGUUUCGGACGUGUUGGUGGUCGCAUUCCUGUUACACCCUCCGAAGCUUUCCAAAAACGCAUCUCUGGUGCUUCUGAAAAGGAUAUUGUCCACUCUGGUUUGGAUUAUACCAUGGAACGUUCAGCUCGUGCUAUCAUGAAGACCGCCAUGAAGUACAACUUGGGUCUUGACUUGAGAACCGCCGCCUAUGUCAACUCUAUUGAAAAGAUCUUCACCACUUACCGUGAUGCUGGUUUGGCUUUCUAAGGUGCUUAAAUUGAAAUUAAAACUAAAGUCAAUCCUCUAUGAUGGUGCAUACUUACAAACAUAACUUGCAAACAUAUACAUCUAUGUAUUUUAAUUAAGUUUUAAGCCUUAAAAGUAAUAAAAAAACAAAACACACAUUAA